AAAAUCAGAUCUGUACAGAGAGGAGUACCGAAGACCCCGAACACGAUGAUAACCAGAAACAUACUUCAUGUUUUUCUAAUAUCAAAAUAUUUCUAGUAUCGGAAUGUGCGCUGAUGCUGGCGCAGGGGACGGUUGGCGCGUAUCUGGUGAGUGUUCUGACCACCCUGGAGCGUCGCUUCAACCUCCAGUCCGCCGACGUUGGCGUGAUCGCCAGCAGCUUCGAGAUCGGCAACCUGGCCCUCAUCCUAUUUGUCAGCUACUUCGGCGCAAAGGCCCACCGGCCGCGUCUGAUUGGCUGUGGGGGCCUCGUCAUGGCGCUGGGCGCGCUGCUCUCCGCCCUGCCAGAGUUCCUGACCCACCAGUAUGAGUAUGAGGCCGGGGAUGGGUGGCACGCGGAGGACGGGAGGGAUGUGUGUUCCAACAUGACCAGGACUGAGGGCAGAGACUCUGCCUUCCUGUGUGGGAACAAGUCCAACACCAACAUGAUGUACCUGCUGCUGAUAGGGGCCCAGGUACUGCUGGGGAUCGGGGCAACACCUGUACAGCCUCUAGGGGUGUCCUACAUAGACGACCACGUUAAGAGGAAAGACUCCUCUCUGUAUAUAGGUGAGUAUAUCAACCUUAUAUAAUAUACAUAUUAAUAACAGAACAACUGUUACUCGUCUCUGUAUAUGGAGUAGGACCACACACAUUAGGAAGAAAGUAGUGACUCGUCUCUAUACUGUAUAUAGAGGUCAGUUAACUACCACUCCCUGACCACAAUAACCCAAAUCACAAUUCCAGCAGGUUCUCUCUGUAUAUACUGUAGGUGAGUAGGAAUAACUCGGAGCACCUCGCUGAAACCUUCAACCAGCCCGUCAGUUUGAGGGUGAUAAGGGGUUGUGCCAUGCUGUCUGUGAUGCUGCUUUAUGAGCUUGGAGUUGAAUUUGGUUCCCUGAUCAGUGACAAUAUAACCUAUUGCAACAUGACUAACUACUUGUUAGUUUUCCUGUGAUGUGUUUGGAAACGCACACCAUAGGGCAGAGGUAGGUAACUACAUUCAGCCUAGGGCUGAUUCAUGUCAGAGCAGAUGGUUGGGAGAAUGGAACAUAAUUAUAAAAAACACUCUAAAUUGACCACAAUUAAAUUGACCCAAAAAUAGAUUGUAUUUGAAUAUAACAGUAAUUUCAUAGCUUGAUUACAUUGAGACACGAUCAAAUUUCUUUUUUUUGCUGGAUUCCUGGCGGUUUUUAGUCUUUUUGGACCAAUUAUUAUUGAAAUGUUUUUUUUGCAAAAAG